UGAGAUAUCUAAUUUUUUUAUUUUUAUAGCAUGAAAGUAGCUGUAAGAGAUUUAAUUAAUAUUUUAAAAAUAGAUUUUUAGAUGAGUCUAAUCUUGAAGCAUUCAACUCAUAAAUUAGAAUUACAACCUACUUAUGACGCAUUCUUAGAGCACAUGAAAAAAGUAUAUAAAUAACCAGAGGAAACGAGAUAUAUGUAAUUUAUAUGAAUGUGCUAGUUACAGCGACAAUAAUGGUUAGAAUUUUAUAGUAUAAUCUAAAGAAUAAUAUGAUUUAAUGCUAAAAUGUUAGAAGGAUAAGCCAACCCAUAAAGAAUUAAGGUAAGUUGAUAUAAAGAGAAAAAACAAAAAUGAAAAUGAAGAAGAAGAAAAAAGUUUGGUUUUCAUAAAUUUAAAUGGUGAAUAAGAAAUUAUAGAUUUGCCAUCUAAUUUCGAAGAUUUUUCAAGAAAGAUGUAAAAUAGCUUUGAUUAAAAAAAAGAUGCUAGAUAUAGGUAAUAAUAUAUAUUUCUAUAAAAGUUAUCAAGACAAUAAUAAUUAGUCAAUUACAGUAGAAACUAGUUCUUAAUAUGAUGAAAUGAUGGGCUUUUUUAAGUAGAGGGCAAGUUAAAGAAUUUUGAAAGUAAAGGAUGCAGAAGAAGAUUUAGAUAAUGAAAUGUAAAUUAUGAAUGACACCAUAUAUCCUGAAUUAUUUUUUGGUGAAAAAAAAUAUAUAGAUUGUGUUUGUAAAAAAUUAGGAAAAAGCUCUAUAGAUUGUAAAUAUUGUAACGGGAAAGCUUAAAUUGAUUACAAAUAAUAAGGAUGGUAUAGGGAAUUAAAUUAAGAGUUCAGACUAAUUAUUAUUAAAAAUUAUCCAAAAAUAAAGGAAUACAUCAAAAAUAAUCAUAAAGUAGACAUAAGAAAUUUUGCACAAUGGUUGGAAUUUCAUUCUAAAUUGUUGAAUCAAUAACAAGACUUUAUUUUAUAACAUUAUCCAAAUCUUUCUGCACAAUCAAGUAGUAAUUAAAAAUUAUGA